GUGUGGAGAAUCUAGCUGAAGAUUUAAAGACGCAAUGCAUUGACACGUAGCCAAUUAGAAACUUCCACGUCUUCCUUCAUCCAUUGAGUGGAUAAAAGAGACAGUUAGGGUGUUUUGAUCAUCGUCAGUCAACCGCUCUAAACCCCCAAGUUGGCUCAUUUUCUUUCUCAGAAAUUCAAAUCUGAAAUCUUCGAACUUCGAUUGUUAUGGAGGCAGAGUUGCUCGACUGGGAGCUUGUGCAUGGCUCCGACACCGACUCAACUGAUUCAAUCGCAUCGGAGAAGAAAUCGGGGAGCUCAAAUGGAAUCGAUGAUGGUAUGAUUCUCUCGCAUCAUUUCGAUCAGUUGGAUGUUUGUGUAUCGAGUGACGCUUGUAUCAGAAACGAAUUGGGGUUGAGUGGUUUUGAAGAUGCGCAAGCCGAGAGCGAGGCUGUGGCUUAUGAUGAAUCCCAUGUUGCGAGAGAGUGUUUGUCCGAGACAGACCAUCUCCAAGUUGCUGAUGGAAGAAGGCACGUUGAGAGCCAACUUGGUGUUGAAGAGGAUCCGAGCAAUUCAGAGGGAAACCAACUGGUUUCUGGAGAUUCUGGUAUUGUUCACGGUGAAGAGGAGAUUGGAUCUGAUAGUGAAGCAGUUGGGGAAAGUGGAGGGGAUGCUGUGGUUGUGAGAUGUGGUGAUGAUAGUAGUAAAGGCAGAGAGACUGUUUGGUGGAAGAUGCCUUUGGUGCUUGUCAAGUACUGUGCUUUUAGGAUUGGUCCUGUCUGGUCUGUCUCCAUGGCUGCAGCUGUGAUGGGUUUUCUUCUCUUUGGACGCAGACUCUACAACAUUAAAAACAAACCUCAAAGGAUUCAUCUUAAACUUGCUUUCGACUAUAAGAAGGUGUCUCAGGUGAUGAGUCAGGCAGCUCGACUCAAUGAAGGAUUCACAGAGGUAAGAAGGGUCCCUGUGAUCCGCCCUGCUCUGCCAGCUCCUGGUGCAUGGCCGGUUUUGAGCCUUAGAUGAGAAGCUGGAUCAUACAAUCUUUUCAUCUACCAAAAGAACAUAGAUGCAUGCCUGUACAGCGUCUUAUCAUGUUAUGUACCAAAAAAAGAAUAGAGACAAAUGUGCUCCUAUCAUAUGCUAUAUAAUAUUGCUAUGCAUUACCAAGUUAUGCAAUCAGUUUGUCAAA